CAAUCAACGCGUUUCCGAGUCAUCCGGGGUCAUCGCUACUUUCGGGCGUUCUACCCCCAUCAGUAACAAUUAACCCAUCAGUACUCAGCUCUAGCACCGACUUCCCUCAGGCAAAGGACCUGAUACGGCCAAGCGAGCACGAGCGAUGCGUAGGCAAAGGCCCCACCUCACCUGGCACUAAGCCUGUCGGCCCAGACAGCGUUUGACCUCUCCCUCCAUACCCUCGGCUUACUAGUCCCUCAAUGGCUGCCGCUGAUGCAUCUCCUGAAAUCUAUCUUUCCUCAACCAUGGGUGCACUGUUCUAUGGCUGCGUAUUCUUGUUAUGGCUCUAUGGCGUUGCUACCUCACAAUGCUAUUAUUUCAUGAAGUGCCGGAUUUACGAAGGGAAGCUGGAGUUGAAGGUUGUUGUGACUGCUCUUUGGCUCCUGGAGACUCUUCAUCUGUGUUUCUUCCUGCAAGGAUACCGUGGCUACGUGGUCAAUUCCCACCGGAACCCCGAUAAGCUUUCUCAUCCACAGUGGGAGUUAUUCUGCAAUAGUAAGCUAUACCUGUCGGUGAUUGGUAAUCCUAUUGUUAAGCGUAUGUCAGUGUAUGGACGAAGCGCAUAUGGUCAUGGUACCUAUGAUACUUUACACACCACAGUAAGCAAAAGUCUAUCCAGCCUGUUUAUCGCAGGGUUCAUGGGUGCUGUGCAGACCUUAUUAUCCACUUUCGGCCUUAGUGUUGGUAUCGGCGAGCACAUUUACACCAUGUUGACUUUACGGACUGAAGUAGAGUCGCACUCACACAGCGUGGACAGUUAUCAGACUUACAACUUGGGAUAUACGACUAGCUUCAACGAAACUACCUGGUUCAAGUCAGACUCAGUAGACGAGGGCCUUUAUCUCAUUGUCAUCCACGAGCUUCAGAAAGCUAACUUCACACCGCUAGUAUGCAUGGCGGUAAACGACAUUGUUAUGACCUUUAUCCUCUAUGCGACUCUCCAGCGGGCUAAAAUGAGCGUUCGGUCAACGGAUGGCAUCAUCAACGUGUUCAUCGCUUUUACACUCAAUACGGGUCUUCUUACCUGUAUCUGUUCUGUUGCAAUAAUUGUUCUGUUUAUCCUAAGCACAAUCCAGCAGUGUAUACACCAACUCCCUCCUCGCUCUUCUGAACUACCUCAACUUGCACCUCCAUCCAACGACUAUGCCUUCGAACUCACAACCAUUCCCUAUGAACUUUCACAAAAUGCUUCCGACAUGACCGUGCUCAUGACACCGAACAUUGACAGAGGACCUCCGGAGAAGGAAGAGAGUGAUCGGCAGUUUUCACAUGCGAGCAAAGAUUUAUGA